UAUUGGUGCAUUUCAGGGAUUUUCUUCAUGGAGUAGAAGAGAUUUCAAUACUUUCAUCAGGGCUUGUGAGAAGUAUGGCCGAAAUGACAUAAAAAGUAUUGCUUCUGAAAUGGAAGGGAAAACGGAGGAGGAAGUUGAAAGAUACGCAAAGGUCUUUAAAGAAAGAUAGAAAGAGUUAAAUGAUUAUGAUAGGAUCAUUAAGAAUAUCGAAAGGGGGGAGGCUAGAAUUUCGCGAAAGGAUGAGAUCAUGAAAGCUAUUGGGAAGAAAUUGGACCGGUACAAGAAUCCAUGGCUGGAACUCAAGAUUCAGUAUGGUCAGAAUAAAGGGAAAUUGUACAAUGAAGAAUGUGAUCGUUUCAUGAUAUGCAUGGUUCACAAACUUGGGUAUGGGAACUGGGAUGAGUUAAAGGCUGCAUUUCGCACAUCACCCUUGUUUCGUUUUGAUUGGUUUGUGAAGUCUCGCACAACUCAAGAACUUGCAAGGAGGUGUGAUACACUAAUUCGGUUGGUGGAGAAGGAAAACCAAGAGUACGACGAGAGGGAGAGACAAGCUCGUAAAGAGAAGAAGCUUGCCAAGAAUUUGACACCAUCAAAGCGAGCCCUGGCUAGGCAGACUGAGAGUCCCUCUUCCUUAAAGAAGCGGAAGCAAUUGACCAUGGAUGACUAUGUUACUUCAGGAAAGCGUAGGAAAUGAUAUUGAAAUAUAAAAUUAAGAAAUUUUUUUGGGGGAUGAAUCCCCCUUUAAAUUACGGUGUAGCAGUAGUGUGGGCAAGGAGUGCCUCUAGUUUGCGCACUAGUUUGUUAUAUCCCCUUGUUUUUGGAUCAGGGUUCAGAAUUCAUCGUUUCACUGAUGGAAUUGGUAAUAUAUUAGAUCUGAAGAGUUUUGGAAUUUGUAUAAAUGAAACUACUCCAGUAUUUUGUACCUUGUAGUUGAUUUUAGCUGGUCAUCUAAUGAAAUAUACUGUAUUAGCUGCUUAAGGCUAUCCCCCCAAUUUUUCUAUUUGAAUGUAAAUAUUUCUUUUUGUUUGUUUCUAUUCGGUUGGUCGAGGGUCCCAAAUUGCAGCCCUUGUCUCCCGAAAAGUUUACAAGCACCCAAAGUCAAAUCCAACUCCUGGAACCAACCAGCAAUAAAGUGCCUACUCUCAACUGCUUUCCAGGAAUUUGACCAAUCUAUCAAAUUAGAAAAGUUUCAAUCAGAGGAGAAAAAACACUGCUGCAAGUUCCAGGCACAGUCGCCAUGUCUAAACUGGAAAUGCCACCAGGGUCCAUGAUCUUUUACCGUGAUCAUUGGGAAUGUGUUGGACUGUUUUUUCUGUAAGUAUUCCCACAGUAAAUUUCUCUUUGUGUUUAUCUAUAACUAGCCAUGGAGACUGAAGUGCCCAAAGUACCAGCCAAGAAGAAAGAACCUAGCAAAAGGGCUGCUGCUGCACAGAAGAAGAAGCCCUUGGCAACUGUUUCGGAGAUAUCUGAUGAUGAUGAUGAUGAUUAUAAUGAUAUUAAUGAAAUUGAUGAUGAUGAUGAUGAUGAUGAUGAAGAUAGUGAGAUCGAAGUUGUAGCUACUCCAGAAGCCAGGAAAAAGGGCGGGGGAAAACUGGCUGCAAAUGCUAAGGCAGUUAAGGCCCCUGCAGCGGCAAAGAAGAGAGGUGCAGCGAAUAAGCAGCAGCCUCAGACAUUGGCCCAGAAGCUUUUAACUGACAUGUUAAAGCCUGCUGAAAAUUCCAGGAUUUCACCGGAGAAGAUAGUGAGAAAGAUGAGGGCAUCUCCAUUCAACAAGAAAAGUGGUUCUGUGUUGGGAAGGGUUGGUAAGGUAAAUGAAGUGACUGAAAAUGAAGAAAAUUGGGGUUCUGCUUCUACUUCUGCCAGUACUGAAGAAACUAUUGAAGUUGCACCAGCAAGAGCAAGACCUCAAAGGGUGAACCAAGUUAGAAAACAAGGUGCUAUGGGCCAGGUAGUUGCCCAUCAAAGAGGGUCGCAUGGGCUAGAGAAUUGAUAGACGAAGAAGCAGAACAGUUCUUCAUGCAUCGUUUCAUAAGAAGGCAGAUUGACAAAGACCUUGGCUUGCCCAGAGAAUGGCCUUGAGGAUACCAUAUUCUGCGUAAAGUUAAUGGAAGGAGACCUGCUUAUGCUUCCCAGCAACUAAUAUAAGAUCUGCAUAAUACGUUUUAUUUUUAAGUCUUUCAUUGGUCAAGUUAUGAGAGAAUAGCAUGGUGCCUUUUGAUGUAUGAACUUCCUCUAUAGAUUGUUUGGCUUAUAUUUUGUGAACUUGUCCGAUCAGCUUGUGUUAAGAUUCUUUCAAAUAGUGUUUCAAAAAGGGACAGUAUCAUUUUGAGCAA